AUGGCCUUCAGCAAGUGGAGGGGCAAGGUCGGAGAGCGGCCCAUCGUGGUCGACGCCGUCUCGACCGGCGUCGAUGCCAACGGUCUCGAGACCGUCAACCCCGAAGCCGAACUCAAGAAGUUCAAGAAGAUUCACAAGUGGGAUCCCUUUUUGGACAUUGACAAGCUCGAUGCCGCCGACGCCGCCGUCCAGUCUGGUGACUACGAGAAGGAGGCUGCCGUUGAGGCUGCUCUCCACGAGGACUCUCCCUACCCCGAGGUCCGCGCUUCGGUCCAACCUUUUGACGAUACCGAGCUGCCCAUCAACACUAUCCGCGCCUGGUCGAUUGGUGCCCUCAUGUGUACAAUCAUCGCCGCCUGCAACAUUCUCCUCGGUCUCCGUCGCUCACCCAUCAUCAUCACCUCCACCGUGGUGCAAUUGAUCUCCUACCCCCUCGGCUGCUUCUGCGCCAAGGUCAUCCCGGAGAUCAAGUUCAACCUCUUCGGUCACGAGCUCAACACCAACCCCGGUCCCUUCAACGUCAAGGAGCACACCAUCAUCACCAUGAUGACUGCUGCCGGUGCCACCGCCAGUUACGCCAUUGAUAUUCUCCUCGCCCAGGAGAUCUUUUACAAGCAAUACUUUGGCUGGGGUUUCCAGAUUCUGCUCAUUAUCUCGACCCAGGCCAUGGGUCUUGGUAUCGCCGGUAUUCUGCGUCGUUACCUCGUCUGGCCCGCCGCCAUGGUCUGGCCCGCGACCCUCAUCACCACUACCGUCAUGCACUCACUUCACGACCACUCAUCCUCAGAUCCCGCCCUUACCAACGGCUGGAGGAUCGGUCGCUACAAGUUCUUCCUCAUUGUGGCUGCCGCUACCUUUGUCUAUGAGUGGAUUCCUGAAGUGUUUGCUCAGUUCCUGCAGAUCUUCACAUUUGUCUGCUGGAUCGCCCCCAACAACGUUGUCGUCAACCAGGUCUUUGGUGGUCAGACUGGUCUCGGUCUUAUUCCAAUCUCCUUUGACUGGAGUACCAUUUCCGGUUUCUUGCUCUCUCCCCUGCAGACACCGGCUUUCGCCAUCGCCAACGUCGGUGCCGGUAUCAUCAUCAUGAUGCUCGGCUGCAUCGGUCUUGCUUGGGGCGGCCCCGAGUUCUACCGCUACCUCCCCAUCAGCGCCAACUCCAACUUUGACCACUUUGCUCAGCCGUACAACACCAGUCGUAUCUUGACUCCCGAGUUCACCUUCAACGAGACUGCCUACAAGGAGUACUCUCCUCUCAUCUUGGGUCCUGCGUUCUCCCUGUCUUACGGCAUGGGUUUCGCUGGUCUCAUCAGCACCCUCGUUCACGUCGGUCUCUUUUACGGCCGCGACAUCAUCGACCGCACCAAGUCUGCUUCCAACGAAGAGGCUGACAUUCACCUCAAGCUCAUGCGCCGCUACAAGGAGGCUCCCGAGUGGUGGUUCGCGACCAUGUUCGCUGUCAGCUUUGCCUUUGGUAUGAUCGCUUCCCAGGUCUGGAACACUCACUUGACCUGGUGGGCCUACAUCAUUUGCAUCAUCAUUGGUGCCUUCUUCAUUCUUCCCGUCGGUAUCAUCCAGGCUGUCACCAACCAGCAGACCGGUCUCAACGUCAUCACUGAGAUGAUUGUCGGAUACAUGACGCCCGGCCGCCCUGUCGCCAUGAUGCUGUUCAAGUCUUGGGGUUACAUGCUCUGCUACAACGGUCUCCAGUACGUGUCUGACAUGAAGGUCGGCCACUACAUGAAGAUUCCUCCUCGCACCAUGUUCGCUGCCCAGACCUUCGCCGUCGUUUGGCUGUCCCUUGUCCAGAUUGCCUCUUACAACUUCCUCCGUGGUAACAUUGACGGCGUCUGCACUUCCCAUCAGGCCCAGGGUCUCACCUGCCCCAACGCUCGUACUUUCUACAAUGCCAGUGUCAUCUGGGGUGUCAUCGGUCCCCGCCGCAUGUUCGGUGCCGGCCAGCUGUACUCUUGGGUCAACUACUUCUGGCUCAUCGGUGCCAUCUGCCCCGUCAUCCAGUUCUUCCUCGCUCGCCGCUACCCUCGCAGCAUGCUCCGCUACGUCUUCUUCCCCGCUAUCUUCGGUGCCGCUGGUAUGAUCCCUCCUGCCACCACCUGGUGGUUGGGCCAGUGGGUUAUUGUUGGUCUCAUCUUCAACUGGUGGGUUCGCAACCGCUUCUUCGGCUGGUGGACCCGCUACAACUACGUUCUGUCUGGAGCCCUCGACAUCGGCACCGCCCUCUGCAUCAACAACAACCUGGACGCAAACGGCGCCGCUGUCACGAAGAUCCUACCCGACGAUGGAUCUACUAUCGGACCUACACACUGGUAA